AUUUCAGAUACUACCAGAUGGACAAGAUUAGACGUUGAUUUGAAUGAGAUGGAAGAUCAGGAGCAAGGACGAUCUCCGCUUUGGCUUUAUUAUACAAAAGACACAAGAAUAUCCAAAAACCCUAUCAGCUCAAUCAUUGUAAAGGAAGGAAGUGGGCCUAGUGUGGCUCCAGAGUAUACAAGAAUACCUGUUGAUUUAAAUGACGGCGUAGAUGGGUAUCAUUUAUUCAUGUAUUAUAGUCAGGAUGGUCCCAAAGGUAAAAGACAUGAAAAAAGAAGAGAGUUGAAGACUUUGACAUCUACUAGACCCCAUUACUGCUAUCACUGCAAAACAGUGUUUUACAUCAAAUUGUUAUAUGGAUGGCUGGGAAAGAGUUGAGAAGGACCUGAAUAAGGGUGUUGUUGUAGGUAUGAGCGUAUAUCUAUUUUACAAGAGAGAAAAAGCAAAGGAACCUGUAACAGAUAUUGUCGUUUUACUGAACGAUCAAUCAACACCAGAGGGCUAUACUAAGGUAGACGCCAACCUUAAUUCAAUAACUUUACGAGGAGACGACAUUUAUCUAUGGUACAAAACUUCCAGUGAUAUCAAAAACGCGAUACAAGAUCUUGCUAUACAGUUUGGACCGCGUCCGGUAACUCCGUUUGGAUGGGAGCAGAUCCCUGUGAACUUAAAUAGUGCCAAUAACGGAAAGGAUGGGUUUGGUGAACCAACCUACCUGUAUAUAAAAAAGGGAUAUCAGGAACCCCCAACGGUGCGCAGACUAGAGUUUGAUCAAGAAGGAGAGUUUAAGAUAUUGCAGUUGGCAGAUUUACAUUUUACCAAUGAAAAGGGUGUCUGUCGAGACGUGCCAUCUGAGUUUGAUUGUAAAGGAGAUGACUCGACGAUUGAAUACAUAAGCAAACUGUUGGAUAGAGAACUUCCUAAUUUAGUGGUAUUUUCUGGUGACAAUAUUAAUGCGGCAGGCGUUAGUGACGCGAGAGCUGUUGUGUUCAAGUUUACAAGUCUCGUGGCUCAAAGGAAAAUUCCUUGGGCUGCUGUGUUUGGAGAACAUGAUGAUAAAAAUGAGCUGAGCCGAGAAGAGCUUGUAGAAGUGAUGAGACGAAUUCCUUACUCUUUGAUCGAACAAGGACCUGCUGAACUACCAGGCGUCGGGAACUAUAUCCAAAAGAUUUAUACCAAUGGAACAAGAGCAGCUACCCAUGAUUUUACACUUUAUUUCUUGGAUUCUCCUUUGCAAACUAUGGGUGACGUACAGGUGAACGCGAUUCAAAAGGAACAGCUAGAAUGGGUUGCACAAUCCGAUUUAGAGUUUCAAAAGCAGAAUUCUAAUCCAAAUGCAGCUAUUUUCUUUUAUGCUCCCGUCUGGGAGUAUCAUCAUGAAUACCCAAGAUUAGGUGAUGCACGUGAAUCUGUGUCAACACCAAAGAACGAACUAUCUACGCUAGACUACUUCAAACAAGCCAAGAGCAUUAAGAUAGCAAGCUGUGGUCGCGAUCAUGUUAAUGAUUUUUGCCUGGAAAAAGAAGGCAUCCAAUUAUGUUAUGCGGGAGGAGCAGGUGUCGGAGGUUAUGGCGCUGCACAUAUGGGCUGGCCAAGACGUUCAAGGAUAAUUAAACUGAGUGAACAUGGUCAAGUCAUAACAACGUGGAAAAGACUUGAUGAUGAGAAAUUGACCAUGAUUGACUUUCAAACAUUAUAAAAAUAUAAACAAAUAAACAGUUUGAUACAAACAUUCUUCUUUGAA